AUGGCGUUAUCUUCGAUAUUUGGUGGCGGAUCACCAUCGCAGCAAUCAAACCUACCUACUUCCUCUGCAUCUUCUUCGGUCAAGGAUCAAUUGAAAGGCCAGAUUGCUCAAGAGCUGGCUGUCGCAAAUGCAACUGAGUUAGUUAACAAAGUGACGGAAAACUGCUUUGAGAAAUGCUUAAUGGCACCUUACACCAGCAAACAGGAUACUUGCGUUGACCAGUGUCUAGCCAAGUACAUGAGAAGCUGGAACGCUAUUUCGCAAGCAUACGUUGCCAGAAUCCAGCAGGCUUCCGCCAACGGAGACAUCUAA